UUCGGGAGAGGUUAAAUAAAAGCCACAGAAGCUUAUUGGCUAGAAUUGGUUAUUUAUAACAACAACAUAUGAGCAAAAAAGCUCAAAACAUCUAUAUACCCUUUGUAAUCCUUGAUUUUUACGUGUAAAGAAGCCAAAGCAAAGGAAAUCUUAGAGUUGUUGUAAAUCUCCAUCACUGUAUGUCGUCGACGGGACAAGGGCAGGAGAAGUCCAAUUUCUCUCAGAGAUGUAGUUUGCUCAGCCGGUACUUGAAGGAGAAGGGAAGUUUUGGGAAUAUUAAUAUGGGGUUGGCUCGAAUAUCCGAUCUUGAGCUCGCCGGAAAAUUCGAUCUCAAAGGUCAACAAAAUGUGAUUAAGAAGGCAGAAACAAGACCCUUCGAGGUGAUUCAAAAGCUUUCCGAGCGUUCCGUUUGUGAGGCCUCUACUUCUUCUGGAAACAAAGCCAUAUAUGUUGAUCUCAGUGAACCGGAAAAAGUUGUACCAAAGCCUGGAAAUUCACAGUUGACCAUAUUCUUUGGAGGAAAAGUUAUGGUUUUCAAUGAGUUUCCUGAGGACAAAGCAAAUGAAAUAAUGGAAGUAGCUAAAGAAGCGAAUCAUGUUGCUGUUGAUUCCAAGAAGAACACUCAGAGUCACAUGAAUCUCGACAUGAACAACAAAAGCAACGUGGUGAUUCCUGAUCUGAACGAGCCAACGAGUUCAGGGAACAACGAAGAUCAAGAAACAGGGCAGCAACAUCAGCUUGUUGAACGCAUUGCAAGAAGAGCUUCUCUUCAUCGAUUCUUUGCUAAGCGAAAAGACAGGGCUGUGGCUAGAGCUCCAUAUCAAGUGAACCAAAACGGUGGUCAUCUUCCUCCCAAGCCAGAGAUGGGUACUCCAUCGAUAAAGUCAGGCCAAUCCUCGCAACACUUUGCAACUCCUCCAAAACCAAAGGCACAUAACCAUAUGCCAAUGGAGGUGGACAAGAAAGAAGGACAGUCUUCCAAAAAUCUUGAACUCAAGCUUUAGGGCAUAUCACGAGUUCACGUUUCUAGUUUCACUUAUUUAGGAUUUGAAGCCAAAUACCCUUUAUAUAUAUUCUUCCAUACUUUUGACCAAUUUAGGUGAUUCAUAGUGUAUUACGUAGCUAGUAUUAUUUCUACAUACAUAUUUUGAUACUUGUUUUUUACAUCUUGUUUAGAUCCUUUAAAAUUGUCAUUUAGAUUAC